AUGAGAAAGGAAAUUGAAGUCCGUUUUGGACGCAGGAAGCGUGUCGGAAGUGACAGAAAGAGAACGCAAUUACAUUGCUUGAUGGAUGCUGCGAUGGCGCAAGCAGUAGAACCGACCCAAGUCGAGAAGAAAUUAGAUUUCACUUGCACGGGCGGCGGCGACACAGAAGUGGUUGUCGUCGGAGAACGCAAAAAGGCAGUUGAACGUCUCGCCGGGAAAGAGCAAAGGCAGAUUUCCGAGACUUCUCCUGCUGGCAAGAAGCUGAGCAGAAGGGAAAGAAGAAAGAAAGAAAAAAUGGCUUUGGCUGCUGCACAGCAAGCUGAAGCGUCCGCUCUGGCGGUCCAGGGUUCGUUGGAAGGAGCUCAAUUUGCUUGCUCUCAGACCCCGGUAGAAGAUUCUCAACAGUGGAAGAACUCGCUUAACGUCAGUGUCCCUUCGUUUAGCAUCAGUGCAGCGGGGAAGACUCUGUUCGAUGAUGCGGCCCUCUCUCUUACUCAGGGGAGACGGUAUGGACUGGUGGCCCCCAACGGGCACGGCAAAUCGACCUUGCUCAAAAUGAUUGCGACAGGGAAGUUGAAUAUUCCACCACGCAUCGAUCAUCUCUACGUGGAACAGGAGGUGCUUGCAGAUAGAUGA